AUGAUCAACGUUUGCAAUGCAACAUUUGACUUCUCUUUUCACCUCUUUUCUCAAUGAAUACCCCAAAACAAUCUAUGAUCACUGCUGUUUUCUUUCCAAAUGCAUAUUGAAAACAUUGUGGCAUAGUAUUCCAUAGAUCUUCUCUUUCUGGCCAAGAUAUGAGGAAACUUAGUCUGUUAUCAAGGUUGAUCAUCCAAGCUGAAAAGAUUCUGGAAACUAUGGAUAGCGAUGCUCCAAAUCUGUACGCAAGAUCCUGAAGUGGCACCUUAAGCCUUAAUUUCAUUAGAACCAAAACAAAUUCUUGAAAUAAAGACAGAAGUGAUUUGUUUUUGACCCUGCGUUUAACAUAUUCAAAGGUUGCCUUUAGAAUUUCAAAGCUUGGCAUUCCAGUAUAAAAGUUCACCUUUGAAUCAUCGCCCUUAAAAUAGGACUCAUCAAGGAGUUUCUCUUUUGGAGUAUUAGCAGUUAGAAAAUCAAAUUCAUUGGUGUCAGUCGCUUUGUUGGACAUUCCAGGCUCCUCAAUAUCAUUAUUUAUAGGGUCAUCCACACCACUGCUGGGUAAAUCCUUGCUUUCUUCGUCAAAUCCCGAGUUGAAAAUCUCUUUGGCCGUCAAUCCUGGUUCUGUGAAAUGCCUCAUUUCCUCCUUCCUCCUAUUUUCAAGUAUUGCACGCUUAUGUCUUCCAGCCACCCUUUCCGCUCUCUUAGCUAUGAAUUCGACUUGGCAACUGCUUUUACGCUUCGAGUGUCCUAGGUUUAAUGUUGGUACCCAGUGAACAUUAUGCUUGUCCCAUUCUUUAGCAGCCGCUGCCGAGACGAAAUGAUGCCCACAAACACGGUCAUUUGCCAAUUUUUUGUCUGUCAAGUCUGGCUAAUUGCUGCUAUCCAUUUUCGUCUGCGCUCUGUACUUAAUAAUUCAGUUUGCUCUCAUUGAUGAGUAAUUAUCGCUUGGACCCGGAAAAAUUUUAGGCCGUUUUGAUCUUUGCCUUGUUCCUCGCUGCUCUUUCUCUUUCUUCCAGUUUUUUCUACGCAGCCGACAAUCAGACACAAAACCAUGAUUAAGAAUAAUUAUUUCACACAAAAGUUAGACAAAUACCCAAAUGAUUCCCUAAAAUAUCUCGUCAUUUUAGUACCCAAGGAGAGAAUAUUAAUUGACAACGUAGUGGUUCCAUGCUGCAAGGUUUUAUUAUGGAACACCGACAUAGCAGAUAACAAUGGUUGCUAUGUAUAUUGGUCACGUGAUGAAAACGCUCUAUUCUACUAGAUGCUGGCAGCUCUGUUUAGGAUGUUCUGCUUCCAUUGCAAGAGUGAAAAUCCAACAUGCCAAAUGAAGUUGGAUGGAACCAUGGUGACUGUUAUUCAGCGAUGUAACCACUGUGGAAAGCAUUUCACAUAGAGAAGCCAGCCAUACGUUUUUGGAAAAAAUCACAGCAGGAAACAUCAUGCUAAGUUUUGGAAUACUAAUGUCUGGAGUUGGCAUAAAUCAGGUUUUCUUGAUGUUUAAACACAUGGGAAUGUCAGUGAUUAGCACAAGAUCCUUCUUUCGUCACCAAAAUCGCUUUCUCUUCCCAUCUGUUUUGUUACGUUGUUUUCAAAAUAUUACUAGUAAAGGAUUGACAAUCGCAUCAUUCAUUACUGAUACACAUAGAGGUAAAGCAAAAUGGCUACGCAUCUCCAAACCUUCCACUCAGCAUGACCAUGAUUUUUGGCAUGUUUGCAAAAGUAUCACCAAAAAAAUUAUGCAAGCAGGCAAUGAAAAAGGGAAUGAGGUACUACUCUCUUGGCUCAAAGGUAUUCAUCGUCGUCUCUAUUGGUGUGCACUGUCAACAAAACAGGGCUUUGGUGAUAUGAUUGUAACAUAUAGACAGAUACAUGAGACAUAUAUCAAAUAAACACACAGAUCAUCCCGAUCCCCUUUACACAGAAUGCAAUCAUGGUGAACUGGAAAGACGUCGUUGGAUAAAAACAGGCAAGUGCUUUUUUGUUAUGUUUCUGUGUAAAAUGUAAAAACACAUUUUGCAAGCCAAGAAAAAGUUUUUUCAUGUGGGCUUGGCUAAAACAUUACUUCAAAUAUAUUUUGGAGGGGGCAGGAUCUCAAAGGUACAGCUUGGCCAGCACCUACAAAACCCUAGCAAAUAGGUGUCAUACAUUUGAGAUAAUACAUUUUCAAAAGUACACAAAAAAAUAGGAUGCAUUUUACAAACUAUAUGAGCUCUUAUGAUUUUUGUUAUUUUAAAUAUAUGCUAACAUCACCUGUUCUGUUGUAUGUUGAGAAGCAAGAGCCAAUAGCUUUUUCUUUUAAUAAAAAUUAUUUAUACCAGGACGCAAGGCAUAUGAUCGGUUGAAUGUGAUCCUUGCAAAUAUGACAAUUGUUGAAGACAUAAGAAAGUUAUCAUCAGAUGCACAAACAAGUUUUUUGGAAAGUUUUCAUUCCACCCUGAAUCAUUGGCAUCCAAAGAUGACACAUUUCUCAUGGAUGGGUACAAUUUGCAGACACACUAUUGCAAUGUGCCACUUUAAUGAGAACAUCAAUCGAUCUCAAAAGGAAACAGCAAGUGGAGACAAGUGUUAUAGUGUUGUUUACCCAAAAUUCAAACUUGGUGAAGAAGUGGUUCCUGAAGUUGCAGUACCUCCAAGUUAUGGAUAUGUUAAUGACAUAAAAGAGGUUAUGUUUUCGUGCUCAGAAGACGAAUUGCAGGAAGCAUAUGCAGCAUUCAAAGGGAAAGAGCCUGAACUAUUGAAUCGCCAGUUUCCAGACUGACUCUCAAUCUGUUGGUGAGCAAGAAAUUUUGCAAUUGGAGACGAUUAAUGAAAGGGAGCUCCAGCAGUCUUUGAAGAAGAGAGCCCCACCAACAUGCAAAACAUGCAAAAUGCCAAUGAAAG